UCUACCUCGGCCCAGAGAGGGCCUUAUUCAGUGGAUUUACAUAAGGCUCCCAUCAGCCGGCCCACUCAUUACCACGUUUUAUAUCCCCCUGCACUCAGAAAGCAUCAUGACAAAGUAGCUCCAUCCUCCCCUUCGACAGGGAAGUGAAGCAGCUUCUCGGAGCAGGUGUCAGCAACCCGCAAGAGAGGAAGACAGGAAGUUUAUUUUUUUACUUCUUCAUUUAUAGGCUAUCCCUCUGUUUCCUCCCUUUUCCCCCCUCUGCUGCAGCGAGCAAACAGCAGGCCUAUGUUGAUUUUUUAAUGUUCUCUAAUAUGGUAUCCAAGCUGACAUCUCUGCAGCAGGAGCUCCUCAGCGCCCUGCUGGACUCAGGACUUACCAAAGAUGUUCUGAUCCAGGCCCUGGAUGAUAUGGACCCCAGUCCGCCCGGCUUUGGAGUAAAACUGGAGAGUCUGCCCAUGUCGCCGUCUCCUCCCCAGAGCGGUAAAACCAACGGGGUGGACGUCGACUCUAAGCGGGUCUUCCACCAGCUCACAAACGGCCACAACAAGGGCAAGAUGUCCGGUGACGAGGGCUCAGAGGACGGGGACGACUACGACACCCCGCCGAUACUGAAGGAGCUCCAGUCGCUCAACACGGAGGAGGCCGCCGAGCAGAGGGCGGAGGUGGACCGCAUGUUGGCAGAGGAUCCAUGGCGUGCUGCCCGCAUGAUCAAAGGUUACAUGCAGCAGCACAACAUCCCCCAACGGGAGGUGGUGGACGUCACAGGGCUGAACCAGUCUCACCUCUCCCAGCACCUCAACAAAGGCACGCCCAUGAAAACACAGAAGCGAGCGGCCCUCUACACCUGGUAUGUCAGGAAACAGCGGGAAAUUCUACAACAGUUCAACCAGGCAGUGCAAGGCUCUAUGAGCAACAUGACCGACAAAGGCAAUCAGGAUCCGGUGUUUUUUUUCCCAGAGUUCAACCCGUCCGGUCAGGGCAUGGGUCAGCCAGGUGAAGAGGUCGGCAGCGAACCCUCCUGCAAGAAAAUGAGACGUAACCGUUUCAAAUGGGGGCCUGCAUCCCAGCAAAUCCUGUACCAGGCCUAUGAACGCCAGAAGAACCCCAGCAAGGAGGAGAGGGAAGCUUUGGUAGAAGAGUGCAACAGAGCCGAGUGUCUUCAGAGAGGCGUCUCCCCCUCCAAAGCCCAGGGCCUCGGCUCAAAUCUGGUCACUGAAGUGCGAGUCUACAACUGGUUUGCCAACCGGCGUAAAGAGGAAGCCUUUAGGCAGAAGUUGGCCAUGGACUCCAUCAGCGUUCCGCCCCACAGCAUGAACCCUCUGCUGUCCCACAGCUCGCCACAUCAUCCCCAGACCAGCAUUUCACCUCCCAUGCGUUACAGCCAAGGCCCCGGUGAGGUCACAUCAUCCACGGCCAUCAGCCACCACAGUAGCAACGUGAUGGCGACCAGCCAGUCGGUGCUCCAACAGGUGUCUCCGGGAGGAUUGGACCACAGCCAUAGUCUGCUGUCACCUGACGCCAAGAUGAUCUCAGGUUCAGGUGGAGGUCUUCCUCCAGUCAGCACACUGACCAACAUCCACAGUUCCCAUCACAGCCAUCAGCAGACACAGAACCUCAUCAUGCCUCUAUCUGGAGUCAUGGCCAUAGCCCAGAGUUUAAACACAUCGCAAUCUCAAUCGGUGCCAGUGAUCAACAGCGUGGCGGGCAGCCUAGCGGCGCUGCAGCCGGUGCAGUUUUCCCAACAUCUCCACAGCCCCCACCAGCAGAGCCUCAUGCAGCAGUCCCCCAGCCACAUGAGUCAGCAGCCGUUCAUGGCUACUGUCACACACUCGCACAUGUAUCCUCACAAGCAAGAGCCGCCACAAUAUUCCCAUCCAUCACGUUUCCCUUCGGCCAUGGUUGUGACAGACGCCAACAGCCUCAGCACCCUCAGCUCCAUGUCCUCAAACAAGACGGACGGUCCUGUAAACAAGAUGGUGCAACUCGGGGGUCUCUCCUGGUGUCCUCUUCAAGCUUGGUGAGAGCGUCCACCUGACUUCCUCGGUGCCCAGCAACGGGAGCACAUUUUUCCACCCUCUCACCGCGGUAACCAUGACAACUCUUAAUAACCAGCAACGGCGCGCUGGAUGAUGAGUCAGUCAACAAAACCAGAGGAUUGGCGAAGACGGUGGGCCAGGCGGUGAAAAUGAGAAAUGAGGACAGAGGGGAAAAAAAACAAAAAACUUUCUUCACCUGAAAGUGAGGAGACUGGAUUCCCCUCUGUUGCACACACAUGAUCAACAAAGAUGAUUUUAACACAAUCUUUGAAAACAGUAUUCAGUUUUGUAUGCCACCUGUCAUCCUCUUUUUUGACAUUACAAUGGAACAAAAACCAAGCACCCAAAUAAGGCUCACAAACUGUUGUGGUACAGACUUGAAUGAAGGCUCUGAGACAACUAAUAUUACACUGUGAUUUAAGGUGGGAAUAUGAAGACACCCUGAAACUAACAGAGACAGUGAUUAGCCUCUGUGAAGGCUGAAAAGACUCACAACAAGUUCCUGGAUACCUACACAAAUUGUCUUGCACGUGAGCAGAACUGUGUGACAAUCACAAUAACCCCGUAUUGAUCUUGUGCGUGCAUUUGACAUUUUACUGGGCCUUAUAGGAGUCUUCCAUAUUAUUAUUUCACACUAAGCUUUACUGUGCUAGCAUUAGUGCAGGGGAUUAAUGCGGGGGGAUUCAUCACUUCAGGAGUUGUUCAAUGUAUAUACUGUGAUUGAAAAGACUUUGACAAUCUUGAAAGGACUAUGCAAUGCGUCAAAAAAGGUGUAUGCAAUUCUUUUGUAUAACGGGAGUCUGUGCAGAGCUCCACACACUUGAGACUGGAAAUGAAUAUGCACUAUCAGUGAAAUCACCAACAAUUAGCCCAUAGCUUACAGUAUAAACUGUAUGCUGGAGUUUCUGUUGAGAAAGAUGCCUGUAAAAUAACAGAAAAGCAUAUGGGUGAAUGUGUGACAAAUAUGCCAAAGAAUAAGAGUCAGCCAGCAGUGUCUCGUAGGGAGGACUGACUCACACACUCUUAACUGUUGCCCUUCCCCUCCACGUUGUUUGCACACACAGGUUCAGGUGAAUUUCAGGAAUGGGGCUCACCCGCCUCCUCCUCCUCCUUACACUUCCUGCCUCAAUGUGAAAAGAAACCAAAUUGGACAAAUAUUGUUAAUAACUCCUCAUCAUACACCAGGACCCCCCAGGGUUAGAAUGGAAAAUGUUGACAAGUAUUCUGAAACAAAACAGUCAAAUUAGUCCGGUAUUUUGUGAAGGAGAGAGACAUGAAAGAGGGCAGUGUUGUGACAGCAGCUGCUCUAAUCAUGCAGGAAUCCACAGAGACUGGGAAAUGUUGGGGAGAGGAGCAGCUGCUGUGGGUAAAGACGCCCACGCUAACUGUAACCAAGUGUGUUUGGGUGAAAGCGAACGUCCUUCGCCGCGAAUGUUCGCCACCACACAGCGAAGGUCCCGUACGAAGUGAACAGACUUCGGCUGUAAACUAGCGAGCAACAGACGCGUCUGUAGUGUGUCGGCUUGUGUUCGUUAUCAACUCAGCUUCUGAAUGAAAACACCAGAAACUCCUGUAACAUUUUCCUCCAGUUUGUACGUUUAUGAGGCAGGUACAUAUACCGGGAUCCAUUGACUUUGUAAGCGAAGUUCUGUCCGAAAACACAGCCUCAGUUCUGUUUCGCUAAUGUAAACUUAGCUGGACAUUGAUGAGAAAGGUUGAGAUGGGGUCCAAAUUUGGCAUCAAGAAUCAAUAUUACUGCGUAUCAUAAGUGUGUCAGAUCCAGUCUCCUGUUCAAUAUUAGGUCAUUACAUUUGUUAUUAUUAUGUUGGUCGGUUGGUUGGUGUGUGACUGUUAUUAUAGGCACAUAUACUGCCAUCUGAUCAGAGGGCACUCACACUUGUGUGACAGGAUAUGAUUUUUUUUUCUCCUCCUAAUGUAUUAUUUUUGUACAAAAAUUGAAAUCAAUCAUAAAUCAUUAUUUAUACUUU